GCUUAAUAGUUGUGAUUUCUGUCAAUAGCGGUUUUGCCGGGUGUCUGUUUUAAUAUGUUAGGUACGAUUUCACCAGCAUUUGAUAUCUAGUAUUGCUUUUACGUUUCUAGCGUUUUUAUUCUACAAUAAUAUAUGUACUUUAAUAACCAUUACAGUUGAACUAUCAAAAAAUUAAAUUGACUUUUUACUUGUUAAUAUUAUUAUAUUGCGCUCAUAAUAUAAUUUUCGCGAUCGUACUACACUUGGAACCAUUUACAAUGGAAGGUCAUCACGACGAUUUACAGCAUCGAAUUAGAAUGAAUACGAUAAAAUGUGAUAGAUUUAAAACUCUCCGAGAAGAUCCGCCUUCAAAAAAAUACUUAAUUAAAAAGGGAUUUUACAGUGUACACCAAAUGAAAAUAUUACCUGACUUUGACAGUCAUCAAGACAAAGCAAACCAAGUCAGCAACCAGGUAUCAAUUGAGGAGGAAGAAACUGUUAUAGAAGAAGUAGUAAACGAAGAAGAAGCAGUGAAAGAAGAAGCUGAAACAGAAGAAGUGGAAGCAGAAGAAGAAGCAGAAGAAGAAUAUGAAGAAGAGACGAAGGGAAAAGGAGAAGCAACAGUAGAAAAAGGCAUAGCAGCCGAAAAAAAGAGAGAAGUAGCGCAAGACAAACAAGACAAAGGAGAAGCAGAAAAUAAAGAUGUCGCAAAAGAUGUAGAAAUACCGAAAGUGAUUGAGAUUUUUACCGGUAGAUUUAAAGACGGUAAAAGACGCAUUGAUAUAGUUUUGGUAGUAGAGGAUGACGCAUCUUCAGAAACAGAUCGUUUUAAGCUUGAUUUUUUGAGUAAUAUACUAAGAAUCGGACUUGAGAUUGAGAUCGAAACCGGGCAAAUGGAAAUUCAUGAACAUUUGUGUUUCAUAAAAGUUCAUGCUCCAGACUCCGUUUUAAAAGAAUAUGGAAAUAUGUUUGCUGUGAAAAGAUAUUUUGCCAAUAAUCGUCUGGGAUUAAAUGAAAUGAGUAAAGUAGCUCUGGAAACGGAUUGGUUGAAAAAAAUGCGGAGUAGCUGUACACCAGAGGGUUAUUCAAACUAUGAGAGGAGCCUCAUAGUUUACAAGAUUUUUCGGCAUCUGCCUUUUGGCGAGCAUGUCAACCAGUACGGCCUUAUUCAUUUGUUGAAGAAAAACAUUAUUUUAGAUGCCUAUGCCCUCCACGAUGGUCCAUAUUCUUAUGUUCCGAAUCAAACUGAUACAGGGGUCAAUGGUCGCCAGUUAUUGUAUUAUAACUGGGUGGGAUUACAAAAUGUAUUUAAAUACCAACCAUUGCAUGUAAUACACGAGUAUUUUGGGCCUAAGAUUGCUUUUUAUUAUGCCUUUUAUGGAUUUUACAACACUGCGCUGUCGUUGGCUUCUAUUGCAGGCGUUUUAUCACUGUUAAUGCCAUAUUUGGCUCCACUAGAGCCUAAAAUGAUGAAGGAACACAUUUGUGACACAAGAAAAUUUACUAUAUGUCCAAAAUGUUAUGAGGAUAGCUGUCCUCGUAGAAAUAUGACAGAAUAUUGUGGCUCCAUCGGUAUAAAUGUUCAUUUAGAUCAUCGACACGUUCUUUAUUUCUCAAUAUUUAUGACUUUCUGGGCGUUGAUCCUCGUAACGGCUUGGAGGCGAAAAGAGUAUGUAUUAAAUUGGAUGUGGGAGGUUGGCGGACGCGAUUCCUAUUAUGAAACUUCGAAGCGGCCCGAAUUUAAAGUUGACUACAAAAACCCCUCAACUGGCCUCAAGUACGAUGAAAAAGGAUUUUAUCGCGUUUUACGCAUUUCACUGUCUAUAAUGCACACAUGUUUAUGUUUAAUAGCAUCAUUAGCAAUAAUGCAGGCGUGCAAAAAGUUGAGUCGAGGGGUCGCGGAUGCAUUCUACAAAAAUAAUACAAAGAAACCCGUAAAAAUGGAAUUCUAUUACUUGGCACUAUUUCAAAUAUUGUAUACAUUGUUUAUAUCGGCGUUAGAGGUUGCAUUUCAUUUUUUUUAUUAUUAUAUAGUGGAUCUUGAGAAUCACAAAUCAUAUAGGGCGUAUGAGAAAUCUUUAAUAACAAAACAAUUUGAGUUUAGUAUAACAUUCAUGUUUUCUUAUAUGUGUUACUACGCGUGGCUGCAUGGUAGUAACAACGCAUUGUAUCCCGUGUGUCUCGAGGACACCUUUUCACCAUUAUUAAAAUUAUUUAGUACACUUACCAAUUAUCUUAUAACGCCGUGGCCCCAAUUGAUACUGGAGAGAGGUUAUGACGGCCCAGACUGCUACAAUAUAUGCUUUCCGUUUACAUGUAUCAUUGAAUUGAGUGUCUUACUUAUUAUAAUGCUUUUUCUCAAGCAAGUUAUCUUCAGGGUUACCUUCAAUAAUUACAAAUUGCUGACAGAUUACAAUGAAACUAGAGAGAUCAGUACAAAUGUUUCAUUUUGGGAACGUGAAUAUAAACUAAGUGAGUUUAAUGAAUCAAUGCUAACUAGGAAAUACAUGAUUCUUGCGCUGCAAUUUUCACUGGUCACUCUAUUUGUAAUUGCAUUUCCAUUAGCACCUUUGAUAGUUUUGGUGGUUAAUGUAUGGGAUAUGCGACAAAGCGCUAGACAGCUAUUACUUGCAAGUCGACGUCCACUUUUAAUAAGAAGCCCAGGAAUUGGGGCAUGGAAUAAUAUUAUUUUGUUCAUAGCGUGUGCAUCCAUCUUUACAAAUGCUUUAAAUAUAGUUCUAACUUCGAAAACAAGUCUGAGGAAACAAACAACAGGCGGCUUAUUCAAACCUAUUACUGAAGACUUUUACGAUUUGUAUUAUUUGCCUUUCACGCAUUUAGAUUAUGUUAGAAGAGAAAAUAUAAUUUAUUGUAGAGGGCCAUAUCUUUUGGCUAGCCGAUGGAUACACUUGGAGAAUCAAUACUCUUAUAUAAACACAAGAGAAGCUCUUACCACGCGAGUCGAUUAUUACCAGAUACAUUUUAUUUCGUUCCGAAUUUUUUACGUUUUUGUAUUAGGUUUUUUAAGUUUUGCGUUCAUCAUACAGCACAUAUUCGGGCCGUAUCGGAGAGAUGUUGAGGAAACUAGAGUAAUUGAAAAUAGAAUUAAAAAUCUUUACGCUCAUUAUGAUUUGGUUGAAAAUAAUAGUAAAAUGAGCGAAUCAAGAAGAUUGUCUUCAAAGUCGAAGUCUAAAGUUUCGUUAAUCAAAUAGACCUGUAUGGAAAAGCACUUUUAAUGCGAACCUGCAAAUGUUCCCUAUUGUGAACCGAUCUGAUGAUGGUGAUCACUACAUUCGUCAGCCAGGGUUCUGCCAUGUUGGGCAAACAGAACGCCACGAGAUAAAUAUGUCUACCAUUUUCUCGUCUUAUUUCAAUGAGAUAAAACAAAACCAAUGGAUAAAACCACAAAUUUAACAGGAUAGGUAUUAUUUUUGUCAUAUUACAAUGUCGCAUAAUUGAUAAUAAUAAUCAUUUAUUUGCAAGAAUGUACAAUAUCAAGAUGUUAGUAAAUAAUACAGUCAGUAUAGAGGGCCUAACAUUCUACUAAAUUAAUAGUGUGCAAUUUGGUUCAUAAAUAUUAAAAUAAU